AUGGCUACUCAGAAGCUUAUCUCAGUUUUGUUGCUUCAACUCCUGCUUGUUCUGUUGGCCUCAGACUUCAGCAAUGGGCAGAAGUUGAAAGUUGGGUUUUACCACAAAACAUGCCCAAACUUAGAGACUAUUGUGGCAAAAACUACUCAGCAUUACAUAUCUCGCGCACCAACUCUUGCUGCUCCUUUGUUAAGGCUGCAUUUUCAUGAUUGUUUUGUGAGGGGAUGUGAUGGCUCUGUGCUGUUGAAUUCCACCGCGAGCAAUAGCGCUGAGAAAGAUGCAAUCCCCAACCUAAGCUUAAGAGGGUUCCAUGUCAUAGAUGCUGCGAAAUCUGCAGUAGAAAAGAAGUGUCCUGGUGUUGUUUCUUGUGCUGAUAUCUUGGCAUUGGUAGCUCGAGACGCAGUAAGAAUGCUUCCUGGAUCAUUUUGGGAGGUUCCGACAGGACGUAGAGAUGGAAGAGUGUCAGUAAACUCAGAGGCCUUAAGAGGGUUACCAUCUCCUUUUUCAAACAUAACACAGCUCAAAGCAACAUUUGCUUCAAAGGGUCUAGGUGUUAAAGACCUAGUGGUUCUAUCAGGAGGACACACCAUCGGAACAUCUCACUGCGAUUCCUUUUCAAGUCGCUUGUACAAUUUCACCGAUAAAGGAGACACAGACCCGAAGUUGGACAAAAACUACAUAGCUCGGCUGAAGAAAAAAUGUAAGCCAGGGGACACCAAAACCCUGGUUGAAAUGGACCCUGGAAGCUUCAAAUCAUUUGAUGAAGAUUACUACACUCUUGUCGCCAAAAGAAGAGGACUUUUCCAUUCUGAUUCAGCUCUUCUUGAUGACCCUGAGACAAGAGCUUAUGUGAUACAGCAAGCCACCUCUCAUGGAGCCACCUUCCUAAAAGACUUUGGUGCCUCAAUGGUAAAUAUGGGAAACAUUGGGGUCCUCACGGGCAACUCAGGUGAAAUAAGGAAGCAAUGUGCUCUUGUUAAUUGA